CAUAUGGAGCAUAAAGAGACACUUCCAAGUUCCAGCUCACAUUCACUGACUUAGAGAGAAGCGAAGCAGUGAGAGUUGAAACUCCAUAACACCUUACUCAUGGCAGCCAAAUGGUUUCUCAUUGCGUGCGUCGUGGCCGUGAUCUGGUCUGCUGACGUGGCUCCCACCGUCUCAUCGUCACACCACGCUCACGCCCAUGCCCCAGCACCCUCCGUCGACUGUUCAGCCGUCGUCCUUACCUUAGCGGAUUGUCUUCCCUUCGUUUCCGACGACGGCGCCCAAACCAAACCUCAGGGGACAUGCUGCUCUGCCUUGAAAACUGUUCUCACCACCGCUCCCAACUGCCUCUGCGACUCUUUCAAGAAUAGCGGUAGUCUCGGUAUCGCCAUAAACGUCACAAAGGCUCUCACUCUCCCAGCUGCCUGCAAACUCUCCACCCCUUCUCUCUCCAACUGUGGAUUGUCUCCUUCGUCUGCUCCUGCACCUGGUUUGUCUACAGCAUCUGGUGCAGCAAAUGGGUCUCCAGGUGGAGCUCCAUCAUCAACUCCUGGGAACGCAGCAUCAGCAGGCGGCCCUAUUUCUGCUGGAUCCUUUAUUAUUUGCCUCUUUGUGGUUGUAUCACUCAUUGCAUUUUGAGGUGAGGGACAUCAAAUGAGAGACUAUUUUCCUGUCUUUUGACUUUUCCAUGUUCUGUGAGACUUAAUGAAGUACACUGAGGGAGUUGAACCUACUCUAUGCUUGUAUAUUUAUGUUCUAUGAUGUAUACGAGUGAGUCUAUCAUUAUUAUUAUUAUUA